AUGAACAGGCAAGGAGAAUAUGGCGCUGCAGCUGGGACCGGCGGCGGCUACGCUUACGGCGAAAAGUCCAGCGCUGCUGCCAAGAGCAAUCGCAAGUGGUGGUGGAUAGGUGGAGGGGUGAUCCUCCUCAUUGCCGUCAUCGCCAUCAUUGCCGGUGUCGUCGUCAGCCGCAACAACUCAAAGUCGGACGGCAACGGUGGUCUUGCCGGUGUCGUCAAUGGCGACAAAAACGACCCCAGCAAGUUUACCAAGGAUCCGCGAUUCCACCAGUCGUUUUGGGGCAUGUGCUACACCGUGAGUCCAUGAGGCGCGUGCAGCACUAGCCACGCAUGCUAACGUGCUCAUUCCCCUCAGCCGCUCGACUCUCAAUAUCCCGCGUGCGGCGACACGCUCGACUCGGUCAUCGAAGAUAUUCAAAUCUUUUCUCAGCUCACCAAACGGUUGAGAUUGUAUGGCAGCGACUGCAACAUUGCGGAAUACGUGCUGCACGCCAUCAACGUCACCAAGGUCGACAUGACGGUCUGGCUGACCGCUUGGCUGCCUCAGCCUGCCGAUGACCCGGAUGGCAGCACCUAUCAGCGACAAGUCAAGAAUGUGCAAGACGCCAUCAAAAAGUGGGGCGUGGAUCACAUCGAAGGCGUCGCGGUCGGCAACGAGUACCUGCUGAAUGGCGGAUCCGAAGCUUCUCUGAUCCAACACAUGGCCGACAUGCGCACGGCGCUAGCGGGCAUGAAUCUGUCCAAGACUGUACCCGUCGGCACCGGCGAUGCGGGUAGCAAGAUCACAGAGACGCUUGCUGCAGGUUCCGACUUUAUCCAAGCCAACAACCACCCAUGGUUUGGAGGUGUGCCCGUCGAACAAUCCGGAGGCUGGGUGUGGGACUACACGGCCAACAAUGAGCCCGCAACUGCGAAGCAAGCGCCCAACAAUCCCAAGCUGUACGUUGCCGAAGUUGGCUGGCCAAGCGGUGCAAAUGAGACGAGGUUCAUGACGGAAGGGGCCGGUGGGGUGGCUGUGGCUGGCGUGCCCAACGUUCAGAUCCUGCUCGACACGUACGUCUGUCAAGCCAACACCAACCUGACCAAUUCGGACGCCACAUUUGAUGGGUACAUGUGGUUCGAGGCUCUUGCUGAGCCUUGGAAGGACGCUCUGUACGGCGGCGUAGAGGCUUACUGGGGACUGUUCGACAAGAACAAGAAGCUGUUGGAUGGCCUCACCAUUCCGGACUGCACCAGCCCUUGA